CUUGGGUCAUGGGUCACGUGUGUAGGCACACAGGUGACCAGGAAGUGGCAAUGCACAGAUGGCUGUGGAGUGGGAAGUUGAUGUUCUGCAUUGUUUGUUCAAGCACCUGUAACACGUUGAUUUCCUGAGGCUGUGGAAAGAGCGCCAUCUUUAGGGAACAGAAUGGAACUUGUGGGAUUGGAGUCAUUGGACCUGAGGGGCUUUCGCACAAACUAACGGCAAAAGGCUAUGGAUGUUACUGGACGAUAACAGCAGGUCGUGAGAAGACAUGCAGCACACGUCGUGUACUGAGGACCGGAUCCAGCAUGCUCUGGACCGAUGUCUGGAUGGGCUCAGACCCAGCCCCACGGCACCACAACCCUGGAACGUCCUGAUGUGCUCAGCGGGCCAGUCGAUGAACCGCUGGAGUCUGGAGGAAUUGGUGAAGAGAGACCCGGAGAACUUCCUCAUCCUCCUGCAGCAGAUCCUCAGGAAGACCCGAGAGGUCCAGGAUCAGUGUCAGUAUGAGCUUGUGGCUCCCCUCGCUAUCAUGUUCUCCUCCACUCUGUUACAGACCCCCUUCUGUCCCCCUGCCACGGAGCUGCUGGAGGAGGCCUGUGAGGUGUUUGGCUGUUUCCUGACUUGGCCAGAGCCUUACUGCAGCGUGUGUAAAGGACUGCUCUCCACCUUACACCAGGAACUCAAGGCCCCAGGCAUUUCCUAUCACAGACUGGUGAGAGAAGAGCAAGGCCUGGCCACCUCAAAACAUCGCUCAAAAACAAUGACGGUUCUGUUGAUGAACCCUAGUGAGGUGCCUCCUGAGUUCCUGUCUGUAGCAGACCAACUGAGUAGUAUCCAACGGUCCCAGAGAGAGACAUACAUCACCCUGGUCAAACAUGCCUACCAGGCUACCCUGGGCACAAAGUACCCCCUGGCCAGCAUCCACAAAGCCCUGCAGGUCAAGAGUCUAGAGGAGCUGGCGGAGAUCUUCUCCAUGGUAACCGACGUCCUGGAGACGGCCGCUGCCAUGGACGACCCGGCGAAAGGCCGUGAUCAUGUGACCCAGGGCCUGGAGGAGCUGAGGGAGAGGAUGGGCGUCCCAGCGUCCAAUGGCAGGAAGUCUGACGGAAUGCUGCAAACUCUACCACUGCCCACAGCCAAGUGCUACAUGUUUCACUGGGACAAGGACAACUUUGAUAUCCUCAACACCAUCCUGGAGAACGAGCAUGACCUAACCGGCUUCCAGACCUCCAGUGGUCAGGCAUGGACCACCGAGCCUCUACCUUCUCCACCGUCUCCUCCCUCUCCACUGCCUCUAAAGACUCCAUGUACUCCACCUUGUCCUUGGCCUCCGGAUCCUACGCCCCCUCCGUUCUCUCAGUCACUUCCGGCAUCGACAGCGACUUCUACGAAGACCCCGAGGACGCCACCUCCAGCCCCUCCCCGUUGGAACGGAGCCCAUCGUCCGGCAAGUCAACCAAAGCUUCGGCCCGUCUGAGCCAGCACUUCUCCCGUUUCUUCAAGACAAAGACGCAGUCCCUGACCAGAGCCAAGAGCCUCGGCAGCCCAGAUGCUAAGGACUUGGUCGCGGUUCGUUCAAAGCGCUCCAACUCCCUCCCGCAGCAGGUGCACCUACGCAGCCCAGACUCCUUGUUCCAGACCCCCUGUACCUCCCAGGCCCUCAAGCACGUGUGCUUCCGCCGGAGGCCCAUCCUGAGCAGUGACGAGGAGGGUGACAGUAAUGCCACCACCCUGAGGGUGGUAGUGUUCGGGGCCGACCACGUGGCGGGCAAGGUGGCGAGGGCCUAUAGUAACCUACGCCAGAGAGAGAACGCUUGCCCGAGCCUCAGCAGAGCCUUCCGGCUGCAGUUCUUCUUUGUGCCCGUGAAGAGGGACGGUGUUGUGAGGUGCCCUAGCCCCGGAGGGCAGUCGGCUAGCCCACGGAGAGGAAGUACAGAGCUGAACAAUCUGGCCACAGAAGACAGCACUAACGACAUAGCCCGUUUUAUUGGUAUGCUGGACCCCUGGUACGAACGCAACACCUUGAGCCUGCUCAGUCUACCAGCCAACGUGGUGUGUCAGCAAACCUCUAAGAUAGAGUCCGAGUUGUAUGAUAGUUCCUAUGAGGAUCGUCUGCCCAUCCUGGCUGACCUGGUGCUGUACUACUGUCGCCAUGCCGCCAAGCCUGCACUGAUGCAGCUCUACCAAGCUGAGAUGACGUUAGCUGGAGGCGAGAGGAGGACAGAGGUUUUCAUUCACUCCCUAGAGCUGGGCCACACCGCGGGUACACGAGCCAUCAAGGCUAUGGGUGCCGCAAGCAAGAGGUUUGGGAUCGAUGGCGACCGGGAGGCAGUCCCUCUGAUGUUAGAGGUGGUUUACAACAGGGUGGUCAUCAGUGGGAGAAGUCAAUGGAUGCAGAAAGACAAAGUUUGCACCUCCAUCAACCUGACCAAAGCCUGCAAGAAUCCAGAGGAACUAGAUUCAAAGAUGGAGUGCUUGCAGUUGACAAUGACAGAAGUACUGAAAAGGCAAAACUCAAACAAAUCUAAGAAGGGCUACAAUCAGCAACUGAGCAUGACUGAGGUGAAGGUGGACAAGGUGCAGGUCAGUGGGACUGGUAACACCACCUUCGCUGUGUGUCUGGACCAGGAUGAGAAGAAGAUCUUCCAGGGUGUCACCAGGUGUGAAGUAUCUGUAUGCUACAAGCCUGACAGCUCUACAGACUGGAGGUUAGGCCAGGGCCUGUCCUCCCAGAUCCAGCCUCUCCACCCCACCUUCUGCUCCCUCCUCUGCCUGCCCAUAGCCACCUUCAGUGGGGCACAGCCCUGACAGGGGAAUACCAGCCUUAAAAAUAUAUAUACUUUAAUGUAUUUCUGACACUUUUUAGACAGCUGGUAACAGAGGGGGAGUAAGUGGAGAUGAAAAGCCUUGAGUCUGUGGACCAGACUAAAAUGAAUGGAAGAGAUUCUUUUUGGAGCCAAGGGACAGUAUAGCUGCUGGAUGGUUCAGCGAACCACCCUCCUGUGAUGACUAACAUUGCCUGAGACCUACAGACGUCCGUUGGGCUAACAGUCUUGUGACAUUCAGGAGACCCAGGUUCAAUAACCAGUUGCUAAAAUGGACACUAUGGAUUAUGUAAAUGAUGUACAUUUGUAUACUAUAUAUUUCUUCCCUCAAAAUAACGUCAUCAUUACACUGUAGCUACACGGGCAUUGGCGCAAGGUAUUUGGAAGCACUGAAGUCCUCUCUUCCUGCACUGCAAUGAGCAACGGUUUCCUGAAAUGGGACAUUUCUGAAAUAUCACAGUGACUUCUUCUUUAGACCAGCAGGGGAGUCUAUUGUGUUCACUUUCCCACACUAGAGUAACUUAUGUCAGGAUAAUGAUAGGAUAAUGAAGGAUAAUGAGGGAGGAAAAGCAGCCUUUUCUCAGGACUCCACAGACUCAUCCAAUAGCAAUGAUGUUAAAUGUUGUUUUUACAUUUGAAUGUAUAUAUUUGACAUUGUAUUAAAUAAUCCUAUUUUGA